AUCUUCACAACAAUAUACGAUUCUCAAAGUUAUCAUUUCCCUAUCAGCUAGCUCCUUUGUUCCCCAUAUGGCAGACUUACCCUUUGUGCUAGCUUGUUCUGUAACUCUAUUGGCUUCUUCAGUAGCCUCUGGGGCAAUUGUUGAGCAUUCUUUUAGUGUGAACAACUUGACUGUUAGCCGAUUGUGCCGGAAUCAAUCGAUUAUUGUAGUAAAUGGGUGUUAUCCCGGACCAACAAUACAUGCACGAAAUGGAGACACACUUAUCGUCCACGUUUUAAACCAGUCGCCCUACAACAUUACUAUUCACUGGCAUGGAAUAUUUAAGCUUCUAAGUACAUGGGCGGAUGAAGCUGCAUAUGUAACUCAAUGCCCUAUAAGCCCUAGACAAAGCUUUACUUACAAAUUUAAUAUUGGGAGCUCAACCCAGCAUUCCAACAUGUAG